AUGGAGCGAGAGGAAGCUCUGCAACUUAUUUUUCAUAUAAUCUUGGUCUACCAAAAUUCGCAUCUGAAACGCCUUAUUGAGUUCUCGGCUGCGCAGCAGGAUGGCAAAAAGUACGCAUUUCCGAAAUCCAUGAUGCAGCCUGUGAUUGCUGUGGCACUGCGAACAGUAUGCGCCGGUAGUACCAAGGAUACAACAGUGCAGGAUAAGACUGCAGUUGAGCCUGAGGAAGACAAGCUGGCUCUCGGUUGCUUUGCAGUGUUUCUGGAAUUCUGUGUUUUGGAACCUGAACUUGUAUUGGACAUGGCCGGGACGGAUUGGAUGGUACGAAUACUUACCGGAGCAAGCGCUAUCAGCGAGAGGGUUACCGCUGUCGUUGCGCGAAUCUUGGUUGCGUGGCUUGAUCAGCCAAAAUUACGGGCGAAGGGACAAUUGCACCUUGUUCUCGAGCAAAUUUUUGCUCCUCUUAUCGAGUUCGGCUUUUUCCAGAAAAAUCUGUCUUCUACCGAAAUGUAA